CGCUUGCAAACAAUGGACAUACACCACGAUCCACAAGCUUCCACAAGACCAUUGAAAUUGAUCAAGUUAUGGUUUCCUUGGAGACAUUGACAACCUUCCAGGAUAAAACCAUUGAGUAUGAGCUAUUUCAGCUUUUUACGCCAUGGGAAUCAAGGUACAUUCGCCCCUUUGAAUGGAUCUUUGGUCUAGACUACUGUGGGUUUCCUUUCGAGAGCGAACUCAACAUAAUAUCAGUCUCGAAGGAUAUCCGACAAUUUCUCCAAAAAGGCACGUUGGUUUUUAUUCCGAACGCCGAUGUUUUGGAGAAAGCCUGCGGUGUGUUCGACUACAAUAACACCCCUUCUCGCGAACCUGACGAACGCAAACGUUUUGAGGAGUUCGGUACAGGUCCAUGGGAAUAUACUAUCAUACCAGGUCUUUGGAACAGAAAGACCAAGAAGAGCGAGUCUUUACCGCCAUUAUAUGAUCGCUCACCCAAUGGCGUUGUUGUGCCUUUCUCUUUCGAUGAUUGCGACUACGACACUCUUCCACGAUUCACCUCUGCUGUGCACCCCCUCAUAGUUGUCCUGUCACUCCGCAUGAACCCGCCAGACAGUCAUCCUACUAAGAGUAUCCAAGAGAAACUCAUCUUGCCGCUGAAGAGGAUUACAUGGAACUGGCCGGACUGGGAACAUAACCGUUUCGUACCGUUGCCUAAUACUCAAUUCAAGCGCGAAUACAACCCGGGGGGCCAGAAGCUAGUUUGCCGUUGCAUGUUCUGUUCGCUUGGAAAGCCGAUCACCGAAAAUCAUUCCAACUCCUCUGGUGCUUCCUCACCCGAACUCGAGGAUACAUGCACAGACGCUGCAGAUGAAAUGGAGGAACUGGAGGAAGAAAGCCGCACCGAGGAAUACAAGGAACUAUCUCGUAUAGCAAACAAGAGGAUCGCAAUAUGGAGAGGGCCUUUAGAGGGAGUUGCCUACGUUCACGAUGAUGUCGAGCACGACGGUAUAUUGGCCCAAUACGCUCAGGAGUGUACAGACGCUGCCGACAAGGUGAUGCUUAGGCAGGAGGAAGAACGAGCCAAACGAGAGAUACUGGCGGCAGAACUAUAGGGUGACCUUCCUUUCAAGCAGAAAUCUAGACUUUCCUAACCGUUCAUUCUCUGCCUUUCGUUUGAUUUUUUUCGUGUUAUAAUUGAUUCCGCUGUAUUUCCGCAUACGUUCCGCCUUCCUGUUUUCUGUAGUUAAAUCAUUACCAGCAUCAGCAUGUCUUACUAUGCAGCUACUCGAUUACAGUACGAGGAAGAAGGUUCAAGUAACAAGGCUCAAUUCCCC